AUGGCCACCGUCAAAACCAAGACCGGCCAGGAGGUCGACCGCCUCGUGCUGGACUCCAUGCUCCGCCGCCGCAUGUUCUACACCCCCUCCUUCGAAAUCUACGGUGGUGUCUCUGGUCUCUAUGACUAUGGCCCUCCCGGUACCGCUUUGCUCGCCAACCUGACCGACACAUGGCGCAAGCACUUCGUGCUUGAGGAGGAUAUGCUUGAGGUCGACUGCAGCAUGCUCACCCCCCACGAGAUUCUCAAGACUUCCGGGCACGUGGACAAGUUCGCCGAUUGGAUGUGCAAGGACCCCAAGACUGGCGAGAUCUUCCGUGCCGACCACUUGGUCGAGGAGGUGCUCGAGUCCCGCCUGAAGGGUGACAAGGAAGCGCGCGGACAAAAGGUUGAGGUUGAUGCCGAGAAGGAGGCCAAGAAGAAGAAGAAGUCCAAGGGUGAGACCAAGGCUGUCAAGCUUGACGAUGCUCUCGUGAAGGAGUACGAGGAGUGCCUCGCCCAGAUCGACAACUUCGAUGGCCCCGAUCUCGAGAAGAUCAUCGUCAAGUACGACAUUCGCAACCCCGUCACCGGUGGUGCCGUGGAGCCCCCCGUUGCUUUCAACCUCAUGUUCCAGACCUCCAUUGGUCCCAGCAGCAACAUGCCCGGUUACCUUCGCCCCGAGACUGCCCAGGGUCAGUUCUUGAAUUUCCAAAAGCUGCUCGAGUUCAACCAGCAGGGCAUGCCCUUCGCCUCUGCCUCCAUUGGCAAGUCUUUCCGUAACGAGAUUUCUCCUCGCGCCGGUCUUCUGCGUGUCCGUGAGUUCCUCAUGGCUGAGAUUGAGCACUACGUCGACCCCGACGGUGGCAAGAAGCAUCCCCGCUUCGUCGAGGUCAAGGACAUUGAGAUGUCCCUGCUUGACCGCAACGUCCAGCUGUCCGGUAGCACCAAGACCACCAAGAUGACCAUCGGCAAGGCUGUCGAGAUCGGCCUCGUCGACAACGAGACCCUGGGUUACUUCCUUGCCCGUAUUCAGCUCUUCCUGAUCAAGAUCGGUGUCGACUUUACCAAGCUCCGUUUCCGUCAGCACAUGGCCAACGAGAUGGCUCACUACGCCCAGGACUGCUGGGAUGCCGAGCUGCACACCAGCUACGGCUGGGUUGAGUGUGUUGGCUGCGCCGACCGCAGUGCUUACGAUUUGACCGUGCACAAGAACAAGACCGGUGCUCCUCUCGUUGUCCGCGAGACUCGUGCAGAGCCUCUGCGCGUUGAGGAGUGGCAGAUUGACCUCGAGAAGAAGAAGUUCGGUCCCCGCUUCAAGAAGGACGCCAAGACUGUCGAGACUGCCAUCGAUGCUCUCUCCCAGGAGCUGCGCGAGAAGCUCUCCCUUGAUCUGAACAACAACGGCAAGAUCGAGAUCGAUGUCGAGGGUGUUGGCUCCGGUAAGGUUGAGCUAGACAAGGAGCUGAUCAACAUUGAGAAGCGCACUCGUGUUGAGAACGUUCGCGAGUACACUCCCAACGUCAUUGAGCCCUCCUUUGGUAUCGGCCGUAUUCUGUACAGCAUGAUUGAGCACGUCUACUGGUCGCGUGAUGGCGACGAGGCCCGUGGUAUCCUUUCUUUCCCCCCGGCUAUCGCACCCACCAAGGUUCUCCUGGUCCCCCUCUCCACCAACCCUGCCUUCAAGCCUCUGGUCCAGACUCUGUCUUCCAAGCUGCGCAAGUUCGGUAUCUCCAGCCGUGUGGAUGACUCCUCCGCCAGUAUCGGAAAGCGUUAUGCCCGUAACGACGAGCUGGGUACUCCCUUCGGUAUCACCGUCGACUUCCAGUCCGUCAAGGACAACACUAUCACCCUGCGUGACCGUGACUCGACCAAGCAGGUCCGGGCCAGCGAAGACGAGAUCAUGGCUGCUCUUAAGUCGCUCACCGACGGCGAGGAGACCUGGGCGGAUAUCAUCAAGCGCCUGCCGGAGUUCACUGGCCAGGAGGUUGAAACUCCGAUCCCCAACAUGGCGCCUACUGUACAUUCCGCCAAAAUCACUCUUUCGUGUCCGCUCUUCGCGGCCGACUUCGACCCGCGAAAUAAUGGCCGCCUGUUGGUGGGGGGCGGCGGCGGCGAGGGCCGCAGCGGAUCUCUCCUCGAUACCUCACGCCGAGAUAAAAUCGUGGAAGCUGUGGAAUUGAACUUGUCGCGCGACGAGGACUCCGUCACGACACUCGCUGUCGCGCCUCAGACUACCGACGAAGAGCACUCGCUGGUGGUCCUGGCUGGUAUCAAUAGCUCUGUUGCGGAGCAGAAGAAAAACAAUAAUCAGCAUUUGCGCGCAUUCCGGUUCGAGGUGCCGCAAAAGGUCCAGGCCAUCGCUACGGACAAGCCAGAAUCCGACAAGGAAGAAACGAAGGAAAAGAAUGACGAAGUGAUUCCUGGAAAAGCUACACAAUUAUCAAAAGAGUCGCUCUUCCGCUCGAAGAAUGGGCAGUUAGGAGAUACCUACCAGCGCGUGUUCAGACUGUCUCCUUGGAGGAAGCAGGCUGAUGUUUCGGAGAAAAGCACACAGGAUACCAGAGUUGGAGCCAUUGCUACGGGACUCGCACCUUCUGGAGAGAUUGUCUUGUUCCGCGCAACAGAAUCGCCCAGCGAAUCAGACGUGAUCGGCCGCAUUCAACUCGGUGCGAAUGAGGAGGCCGACGAUAUUGAUUUCGUCGGUCUUGAAUAUGAGACGGAUGAGAGUAGAGAAACUUCAGGUCGAUUCCGCGUGGCUUAUACCAAUGGAGUGGAUGUGAUGGCCGGCGAUAUCUUGUCUACCACACGCUCCAAUGCUGCUCCCGAGCUAUUCAAAGUCUUCACUAUUUCUUUGCCCAGAAGCGGUGCUCCCGCUGCCCGUCCCAAGUUCCGUUCCCUGCGUUUCUUGUCGCCUACGACUAUUUUAGUGCUCCAGAAUGCUCCUGAUCGUGGCGGCUGCGAACUUGUCCUUCUACAAAUACCCACAAAACAGGGUGAUGAGAGCAAGGUCUUGCGCCGGCGCAAGCUCCCUCGGGGCGUGAAGAUCGGUCUUGGCCUUGAUGUAUGCCCACUUGGUACAAACCAAGUCGGCCAACAACAAACCAUCAUCGCCGUCAGUGGCAGUGACCAUUCCAUCUCGCUCUUCACUAUCGAGUACGGGCCGACGAAGGGCUACAACAAGUUCCAGCCCUACACAACCCUCCGUGAUGUGCACCCCUUCUCCAUGACGAAGCUCUGCUUCUCAACCUUUGUCGCUCCCGCCCACCCCAUCACUCCGGAAGUCGGCCCACAAAAGGUCAAGCUUGCGUCCGUCAGCAUGGGAAACACUGUUGCCGUACACACAAUGCCUCUCCAGCCCUUCCCGCCCUCUUCCCGUACUCCACGCUACGUGCUGACCCUCCCUGGUCCCGCCGAGUUCUGGGAAGGUCUCGUUUUCAGCCUCGCCCUGCUUGUCUCCUUCCUCGUCAUCUGCACUGCCCUUCUCUCCUUCGCCGAGAUCCGCGGCGCUACUCCGCCAUACCUGGGCGCUGCAACCUACCUCCCAGAUACAUGGCGCGAGAACUGGGCCGUCGAAUACAAAACACCGCCAAACGGCAAGGGCUCUUACUUCGAUACUCUGCUCGCACCCAAGUCCACCAAACCAGUUGUUCAGGUUACUCCCGAUCAACUUCACUCUCUGAAGGACAUCCUUGACCGCGUCCACAGCGCCGGCGCCGCGCCAGCUGAUCUCGAGACCGUAACACCGCACUCUCUUUCCGUGAUUGUACGGUGCAACAAACCCGGCGUGAACGCAGAGCAGAGCGUGAUCAUUGAAACCUCUGCCUCGCACAAGGCUCACGCCGCCUCGGAUGAACAGCGCCUCCACGCCUGGCAGGAGAUGCAUACCGCCGAUCAGGAUUCCUGGAAACGCCGUCUUGAAGCUGCAGGCCGCUGGACUGUCAGUGAAGGUGAAUCUGUCCUGCAUGGUGUCUUGUUCGGCGAGACAUGUGGGCAUUUGGAGCAGUGGGUGGCUGACGAGUUGUAA